AUGGCGACGGAGAAAAAUGCAGAAGAUUUUGGAGACUCCUCCACGGCGUCCUUGAAAAUUGUGCCAAAGGACUAUGCAUAUCCACUUCUAGAGGAUCCGCAAGGCGCGCUGACUUCGCCCACUGAGGGCGGGCAGACGCUGGUUACCCGCGGUGGCUUCAACUACUUUCACUACGGCUGCGAUGGCCACCAGGAUGCUGGCUGGGGCUGUGGCUACCGCACCCUGCAAUCGGCCAUUUCGUGGCUCCAACGUCGAAGGGGCUUAAGCGACCAUGUGCCUUCCAUCCGGGAGAUUCAGCAGAUCCUGGUGGCCCUCGGCGAUAAGGGUCCUCAGUUCGUGGGCUCGCGCGAUUGGAUUGGCACGCUCGAGGAGUUCUACGUGAUCGAUGUGCUUCACCAGGUGCCCUGCAAGAUUCUUCACGCCAAGGAGCUCGGCUCGGCGGAGAUUCUUGGCCAAAUUCGGAGCUAUUUUGAGAAGUACCAAGGCUUCAUCGCCAUGGGUGGUCUGGGUGACACCGCCUCCAAAGCCAUUACCGGCUACCAUUGCAGUGCACGGGGUCGCAUCUUCUUGCAGGUGGUGGAUCCACAUUUCAAAGGCGUGCCCAACCGACAGCAGUUAAUAGAUCAGGGCUACGUCCGUUGGGUGCCCGUUGACGAGUUCCCUAGCAGCACAUACAACCUCUGUCUCAUCCUGCAGCCGUAGUCGCAGCUCUUCGUACCUAUUUUAAAAAUAAAUCCCGCUCAGCUCUUGAUUACCAUUA